AUGGUGCGCAACGAAAGGAGCGACGAUAUCAACAUCCCCAGCAGCGGAGGUUUGCGGCGAGAUCCAGCACUCAAAGCCCAGUUGGUUAUGGGGUUCCGCCAGGGCCCGUGCAGCCAAUCGGAGGCUCUCGAUAUCCGCAUGGUCACUCUCAGUCUUUCCGAUCCAGCAUACACCGAGGGAAUCAUAACCAUGAAGCUCUCUAAUCAGUCGGAAGUCCCCGUUUAUACGAUAUCGGGAUCAAAUACCGCCCGCCCAUUACCAGAAUGGCUUGCGAGACGACGAAAGCGCAGUCUCAAGGAUGACCCAGAGUAUGCGAAUCGCAUUGAACUACUGCAGGAUUUCGAGUUUGAAGAAGCUAGUCAGUGCAUUCGGGUCAGUGAAGACGGUGAAUGGGUCAUGAGCACAGGAACUUACAAGCCGCAAAUCCACACGCACCACCUUCCUCAGCUUUCACUAUCAUGGGCUCGCCAUACAGAUGCCCUUAACACGACAUUCCAAUUGCUUUCUUCCGACUACUCAAAGUCUAUCCACCUUCAGUCCGACCGGUCGCUCGAGUUCCAUACGCCUGGCGGAUGCCAUUACAAGACAAGGCUUCCACGAUACGGACGUGACCUGAUCUAUGAUAAGAUGUCCACGGAGGCUCUUGUUCCGGCGGUUGGUGUAAAUGGCGAUGGUAUGGGUGAGGUCUUCCGUCUGAAUCUAGAACUGGGACGUUACAUGCGCAGUUUCGAGGUUGACGUUGGAGGCGACGACUUCACAUCGGCCGGUGGAGGAGCAUUGCAGGGUGGCAUCAAUACCGGUGCAGUCAAUACCGGAGCUAUUGCUGAGGAAAGUCAUGGUCUGCUCGCCUUCGGUACGUCGCUGGGCACAGUUGAGCUCUGGGAUCCGCGAGCCAAGGGUCGCGCUGGAGUUCUGUUACCUCCGACUCAGAUCGGACCUGAUGAUGCAAGGAAUGAGAUUACGGCACUAGAAUUCCACCGUUCUGGGUUGACGCUUGCCACCGGUUCCUCGAACGGCCUCAUCCACCUCUACGAUCUUCGGUCACCCGUUCCUCUGCUCAAGAAAGAUCAAGGAUACGGCUUCCCUAUCCACACUCUGAAUUUCCUACUACCGUCGUCAUCCACCCGGGAACAGACUCUGGAACCCAAGAUUAUGUCCGCGGAUAAGAAGAUCAUCAAGAUCUGGGAUCCUCGGGAUGGCACCCCUUGGACUUCUGUCGAACCGGCCGUCGACAUUAACUCAGUUGCCUGGUGUAAGGAUAGUGGAAUGAUUCUCACAGCCAACGAAGGGCGGCAGCAGCAUUCAUUCUUCAUUCCCCAGCUUGGGCCAGCUCCGAAGUGGUGUUCAUUCCUGGAUAACCUGGUUGAGGAAAUGGCCGAAGAUCCCAACGACCCUAGCGCCUUCAACGCUGGCCAGGCUGGCUCCGUCUACGAUAACUUCAAGUUCCUUACCCUACCUCAACUCAAGACUCUCAGCCUUGACCAUCUGAUUGGAAGGACCAACCUAUUGCGACCUUACAUGCACGGAUACUUCGUCGCUCAGCGACUUUACGAAGAAGCCCGAUUAAUCACUAACCCCUACAUCUGGGAGGAAGAACGCGCAAAGAGAAUCAAGGAGAAGAUCGACAAGGAGCGUGAGAGCCGAAUCCGAGGCAAGAAGAAGGCCGCCGUCAAGGUCAACAAGAAGCUCGCCGAGCGCCUCAUGGAAAUGGAGGAGAAAAACGAGCGCCGCAAGGCCCAACGUGUCCUGCAACAAGGAGGCGACGAACCCAUGGAAGAUGCCGAUGCUGCUGCCUCCGCCCCCGAACCUACAGCAGUCCUUAGCGACAACCGUUUCGCCAAGCUCUUCGAGGACGAGGACUUCGCCAUCGACGAGACAUCCCGCGAAUUUGCCCUUCGCAACGCAGGUAGUGCUCCCGAGCCUGCCCGCCCAGCUAGGAAAGAGCGCGGCCUCACAGCCGUGGAGCAAGAAGCCAUCGACGAGGUCCCGAAUUCCUCAGACUCCGACUCCGACUCAGAGAGCGAAAGCGAACAAGAACGAUCGUCGAAACGCAAACCUUCCACCCAGAAAUCCGCCAGACAAUCCAACACCAACCGCCGCCAACCUCAAAUGCAAGUCUCCUCUUCCUCUGCCACAGCCACCUCCACCCGCGACCGCUCCUUCGGCUCCCGUGCCCAAAACAUGCGCACGAAAGAAAAGCCUAGUCGCCGCGUCACCGUGGUGGGAGAGCAGGAAUUCACAUUCAACCCUAGGGGUAAGGGAUCAGCCAAACAGGGCAAGGAUGCGCCCUUUAGGCCGACCACCGCAUCCUCCGACUACAAGGCAAAAGAACGUAGGAGCGCCUCCGGAAACACGUUCCGCAGGAUGUGA